AUUCAUUUGGAGUCUAAGUGGUUAUCUGUCUUAGCGAGUGCUAGUGGGUUAAAACGCGCGCGCGCGGGCUAAGUCACAUUUUCAAAUUCGAAUGCGCUUGUAAUGCCACUCAAAUAUACACUCUGACGAAUACCGGUUGCAGAAAUAAAUGUCCUUAAUAAAAAUGGAAUACGCAUACAUCGGGUGAAGUGUAAUUUGAUUAUAAAAAAGUUUUUUAUAAAAAAAACUAAUAUCGAACGAAAAUUCUGUGCUGUGAAGUGAUAAGUCUGUGUAUAUCUUUGAAAAGUUUUUGCUGGUUGUGAAUUUUUGCAAAAAAGGAAAUCAAAAUGUGGAAAGAAUGGUUCUUAUUCAUGAGCAUUCUUGGAUAUUGCCUUGGUGCUACUUUGGAAAUAUGCCCGGAAGGUUCUUCAUGCCAUAAUGCUCCAGAACAAUUGCGAGCAACAUCUUUCGAAUUUUUGAGUAAGAUGUCUCAAAAGGAUUUCCGAUCUAUAGGGAGUCUAAUUUUAUCAAAUGCUUCAGUUAAUAAAGUAGAUCCUAAGUUGAAAUACCUCAAGAAUUUGGAGUAUUUAGACUUAUCACAUAACAGUGUUCAAGUAUCUUCAAUACCAGCUUUGAACAGUUUGAAAACGUUAAUAUUGAAAUCGAACGAUUUGAAAGAUAUUAGCGUAUCUAACCUGCCACAAAAUUUGGAACAUUUGGAUUUAUCUAAUAAUUUAUUAAGUGAUAUUACAAGAGACUGGAAAAUGCUUAAAAAUCUGAAAACUCUGGAUUUAUUCAAAAAUCCUAUAGACUGUGAUUGUAACAAUGUACUAAAUCUUGAAUUACUGAAUAAGAGCGGCAUCAUAAUACCAAGGCCUUUAACUUGCCAUUCCCCUUCAAAAUUUGCUGGUAAAGAUGUUAGUGCUGUAACUUGUUCACCAGCAGAUAUAAUGCAGUACGAUGAACCAGUAGAAGGUUCUGGUGAUCCUGAUAUCUUCGAAGAUUCAUAUACCGAACAAACCUUAAAUGUCCCCGUGGUAGAUGAAGAAGAAGAGGAAGACCCAAAUGCUACUGCAAAUACGUUUAUAGAUGAUGAAGAAAAACUUGUUGUUAAAACAACCACAAUAGAUUCUUUACAUGAUACAUUCGGAGAAGAAGGUAGCGGUGAUGAAGGCAGCGGUUUUGGAAUUAUUCCAGAAUCGGGAGUUUUAGGUUGUAUAGAAAAUUGUAGCACUCCCAAACCUCUUGAUAAAGAUUCUACCGCUUCACCAUUACCUGGUAUUUUUGACCAACUUAAGAUGGUUAUAGAUGAUAUUAAUAUAUUUAAAGAAUCUGAACCAUCAACAUCUACCUUGAUGAGUUCAACUUCUACGAUUACCGUAACUACCACAACAACUGAAGUACCCGUUAGUCCAGAAGUUGUACCAGCUGAAGAACCUACUAUGUUAAAAGAACGUACUUCUCUAAACGAAAAAACACACGAAAGUAUGUCUACGGAUGAUCAAGAAGAUGCUAAUAUUACUGCAGCUGGUGAACUAGAACGAGCCUCAGUUACACCUAAAAAUACUACGGCUGUUUAUGCAAUUGUAGGUGUUGGUUUAUGCAUAGCAGUACUCUUCAUUAUUGCGUUUGUUAAAAAACGCAAAUCAAAGAGAAUGAAGAAUAAUAGACGUGAAAAUACUACCACACUUUUAGGUGAAGAAAUGAAACCUUUAAGCAAACCUCCAUUAACAUCAGUAAACGAUAAACCUGCGAGAAAUUCCUCCAACAUUCCUGAACACAUUCCUCUUAUCAACGGUCAGAACGGCAAAUCAAGAGACGAUACUCCUAAGCUGACGUCUUUCACACCACUGGCACACCCUGAGUUACCAGACAAAGGUGGCGAAGAAGAUGAACCCUCAUAUUAUAACGGCACGGUAAGAGAACCAGAACAAGAAGUUGAAAUUAGAUCUAAAUCACCACCAGAGCUACAAACCCCUCAAGGAACGAGAGUCACUAUAAGGGAAUCUGAAAUUCCAGAGUCGAUUCCAAGAACCCCGUUGCUAGUCCAUCGCCAGAAAAAUAGUGAUGGUGAGAUCGUCACUACGUUGGUAUCUUGAGAAAUGUAGUGAAGUGAAUACCUCAGUAUUUAUUACCUAUUGAAUACGUUUGUGAUAAAAUUAACUUAUUUGCGUCGUUCCUAGCUUGGGGUGCAUGAUAUUUAUGUCAUACAAAUCUGCAGCGAAAAAUUUUGAAGAUAAAUCAAUACAGUUAUUUUGUAUUUUUUGAACGAACUUGUACACUACAAAAAUUUUCGUUUCGGGCUUACUAUUUAAGGGCAAAUUUUUUCGACUGUUACAGACUAUACUUACUUUAUAUAUAUAUUAUACAGAAUGGGCCUCAGGAAACACUUCAACCCGAUAUUCAGCAGUAUGUAUUAGAUACAGACAAUUGUCCUUUUUCAAUCCCACCCCCUUCCACUUCCAUUAACCCUUAUUUUUAAAUGUACUAUCCACGAUUUUUUUUUCAGAUCAAAGACCUAUUUUUUGCUAUUUAUGUGUUUCGUCAAUUUAAAAUAGAUCAAACAUUUUAAUAUUGAAUUAAGAUGGUGUCCAUUCAUUCACUGUUGAAAUUUUAAAGCAUUUUAAGGUUACAACGACUGUAUUCAUAUCGUCUUUGUUCUUCUUCAAAGCGGAUAAAUUUUAUCCUCUAAAUCACCCCAGAAAAAGAAAUCCAAGGGUGUUAAGUCAUUCUAUAAAGCCUCUCCUUCCAAUCCAAUCAAAUAGUAAAUCGUUCAAUAAGAUAUUGCUUCCUAGCUCUACUUCAAUAUGGAGGUGCUUUAUUUUCUUGGAAAAAGAGAUCAAAUUCCUGUCCAUACUCUGUUGGGUAUGUGUUUCGUAAUAUACUCGAAAAAUUUCAUCAGCCCCAUACCAUUUACAUAGAAAUAAACGAAAAAAAUAAAUAAUAAAUAAAUAAUUUGAAUUAAUAUUUAUUUUGUUAAUUUCACGAAACUGUAGUUGUCUGUGAGUGUCAUUUUUUCUACCAAAUAUUGGAUAUGGAUAAAAAUUGGUGUGUAAAUCUGUAUGAAAGAUAGAGGGCCAAAACAUAUUCUAAUCUAAAGUAUUAUGAUUUAAAUUUAGUCCUAACACGUUUUUCUUAAGCCUUUUUCUGAUUAGCUACUGAUACUGUUUAACCAUAUUUUCUUACUCUCCCUGAUACUGAGUGAUCAAAUUUUUUGUCUUCAUGAAAUAAACUCGCUGUAUUAAAAAAUUACCCAAAUUUAUCAAUCAAUAAGGUUAUUAAGCUGCCUAAUUACUCAUUUUUAUCAAAAAUUCGGGGUUAACGAAGUGGAAGUUAGAAAGCUGACAAAUGAUGUUUGUAUGAAUAGAACAAAAAUUGGCGUGUUUUAGCAUUUCUUCACUAAAUAAUGCCAAUUAUCGAAGUGGAUGGUUGUUUGUGGCUCACUCUGUAUAUAUAAUUGUUGCCAAAGUGAACCCACUAUUAAUGAUAACAAAGACCAGGAACUUGCUUUUGGGAAUACUUUAUUAGGGGUUUUUGUUUUACAAAAAUUUUGACACAAAAUUUCCUAAAAUAAAUAUUUAUAGGAUCAAAAAUUAUCCUAAUACUUCUGUAAAACAUAAACCAAAGGUUAUUAGAAAACUGAGAACAGAAAAUUCGAAUAAACGUUUGCAAAAAGGCUGGUUAUUAAUUCAAUAGAAGAGGUCAAAUUUUCAAUAAUCCAAUUAAAAAUCACUCCAAUAAAAACCACUGAAAACUUGAUAGAAAUAUACUUAAUUAUUCCAUAUUAUAAUUAGUGAUUUUAAUAAGAAAUAUUCAUUAAUAACCUCAUCAUCAGUCAAAAAAAUAAUAUUUCUAAUAGAAAAUAAUAUAAUUUUAUUCGAAUUUUGUUGAAAAUGCUUGUGCGACCUGGUCUGAAAAUAUUUUUCAAUGUGAGGUAUAUUAUUUCUGCGAUCGGUAAACAGUCAAAAACGCAUUUAGCACAAUGAAAAUAAUCAUUGUGCCAAAUUGUGUUUAGUAGCUGUAUAUUUGUUUAUAAAUGACUGAUAAAAAACCAUAGAACGUGUUUGAUCGAUUUAACCCAUGAUUUUUCUACAGAUAUAGUGAAAAAAUGAGAAAAAAAAUUUGUCAGUUGGUUCAUAAUUCUCAAAACACGAUGCAGUUAUAGGUAUGCUUGUUUUAAGUGUAUUGAAAAUCAUUUCGUUUUUGAUAUUUCGAUAGUUAUAUCAAAAUUAUUAAUAGUUUGACAAUAGAUCAAAAAUUUCCGAGCUUCGGUUUUACUAUUUUAAAAAAUUAAAUAAAAAAGAGUACAUCUUGAUCUAGAUUUGGUUAAUAUUUUUGUAAAUUGCAUUUAAGGAUAUAUAAUUAUAGUUUCACGUUUUUGAGGAGAUUAAUCCGUCAUAACUAUAAUUUAUUUGCUUGUAUUUGUGUUCAUUAAAUCGGAAAAUAUAUACUGCGUAUAUUGAUAUAUGUAUAUUACCAAACGAGGACACAUUUCCUAUUUUUAAUCGCAUUUCGUUGUAUUCUCUUGUUAUAACUUUGCAAAGACAGUACUAAUUAUAUGUUUAUUUGACCUAGUCUUACUCUAACAAUUAAAAAAGUUAGUAUAUUGACGUGUCGAACUUCUCGACUUUGAUUCUUCGUCGGUUAGUAUGCCAGUAUCCAAUGGUUCAAUAUAUAUCUGGUCAACAUUUCCGCACUUCGGCACCUGGCUGAACUCCGCCAUAUUUUGUGACAGGAUUUUCAAAAUAAAAAGGUGUACACUAGCACAAAGUUUGGUUCAAUGGAAUUUCUUUGAAUUAUCAGGUAAACAACGCUCGUACUUACUUGAUUCCUGAUCUAUACUAUAUGGUUUUGAUUUAUUUGCUUUUUUAGCUGUUUUAAAUAGAAAACGAGCGCUAUUUCGUUAAAAUAAGACUGCAGGGAAAAUAUUUAGCGGAGUCUACAUUCGUGUCUAAAAUGCAUUAAUGGGUUAAUAAUGUUUGAUUGAGAUACAAGAUAGAAUUUUUGUAAUAACACUGUAUGAUUAUUAAUUUCUAAUCUAAGAUUGUCUUAUGGUGCAACAACCCUUACUUGUGAAUAAAAUGAAUGAUUUUUCUUGAAUAUAUACAAAAUAAAACCGAAAACCUAGUAAAAUUUCACUAAUUGUUCUCUGAUUGGGGUUGGUUCAUUUUAUAUUUAAGUCAAUGGGAAAAUGUACUUUUAUUACUACUUAAAAAUAUGAAGUUAUAUAGAUAUAUUUUGUAAAUUUUGUGUAGAUACACAGAUAGUAGAUAUGUUACAUAACAUAAUGUAAACAUAAAUUUUCAAUUUUAGUAGUAACCUAAAAAUUACAACAGUCAUCAGUGGAUAAUUGUUUUAUUUGAAAUUAUAAUUAUAUAUCCUUUGAAUCAUAUCAAAGUACAUUGCAAACGCAUAUAUUAAAUUCGUAUGGUCAAAUCAAAUAUCAGUAGAAUCAUUUCUAUGAUUAGCGUUAAUUUUUUCAUUUACUUUUACCUACAUUUAUGAUAGUGAACGUUCUCGAAAUGUAUUUUUUUAAUUGAAUCGUUAUUUAUUUUGAAGUGUGAUUUUGUACACUUGUCACAAACACAAAAUGUGUGUACUUUUAUAUUUUUUAAUAUUUAGCUAUACGUACCUAUAAACAUAUCAAUAAGCUUUAUCUGUAUUAAUUUCAAUUAUGUUUUGUUAAUAGUAUUAAGUAUUAAAAGCAAUUGUUCAAAUGAAUAAAAAGCAAUGUUCUAUGGUUAUGUUACAGUUUAAAUCAUAUAUUCCGUUUUUGUUUUUAUUGUAUAAAUUUUUAGAGAGAAAAUAAAGUUUCUUAAAUACAA